AUUUAAAAAACCAAUCAAUUUGUAGUCUGAGAAGACCGUUCUCUCUUAACUGGAACUUAUCAUUCAAUACUUGAUGCCCCUUCGCCCAUUUCUUGCUUCUUUGAUAAUGGUGGGGUCAGUUUAAAGCUCCAAAAGACUGCUCCUAUUAGCACACCCGCUCCCUCUCAUUCUCAACAUCACCUUUUCAAAAGCCUGCCAUUCUUAUCUUACGACAAAAUAAGAACCAAAUCGACUGCUUCAUUGUAGAGUGCACAACUUUUAUGAUUUCGGAUACCAAAGAAACAAUAAAGAUAGUGUGAAAGAGUGGCAAGAUAGAUACCUUUCUUUGUGUGAAAGAGUGGCAAGAUAGAUACCUUUCUUUUCCCUUCAAAAUUCCGAAGUUCCUUUUUAGCGUUCCCGUAAUGACAUGUGCCCAUGGCUAUGGGCGAUGAUGCUUAUUGAGCAUCAGUUUGAUGCAAAGGCGUUUCACGUGGCUAAAGGGAAUGAAGAUGGACUGGGAAUAUUAAAGAAGCCCUUGGGAUGGAAGCCCUUUGAGUGAAACUUUCUGUCAUUUGCUUGUAUUAUAAUCAUAAUCAUAAUCAUAAUCAGAGUCGGGGAUACUCGUGAUAGUUAUAGAGAACAUCUAGAAAGAAAAAAGGAGAGCUAACAUUCAUGUUUACCCAUCUAAGAUACAUUUUCAACCUCCAUUUUGAUUGACUACGAGGCUAGACCUUCCCAACUCACCCAACUUUGAAACGAACUUUCCAACUAGAAAAAGAAACAAAACAAAAAAAGCAUUCCUGUUCCUAGUUCCCACCACUUAUCUGUAGUGGGAAAAACACUAAAUAAAGAAAUCCUAUGUUGAGAGUUGAAGGUACCUUGUUGAGAGUACCAACAUGGCUAUGAGAUCGGAUUUUGCACAGAAGCUGUUAGAUGACCUUCGGUUGCGGAAGGAACGGAUGGCUGCCUCUCAGAGCUCAAAGGGUACAAAUCCAACGGUUGCAGUUGAGCAUUUUCCUGAAACCUACGCAAUAAGCACCUAUGCAUAUGCUUACUCCAAGACAGCCUAUAAAUCAUCCAGGGAAUCAAAGACACUCAGAACAUUUGGCUUCAUGCAGACUGGUUUUAGAGUUGGAAGCACACAAAAGAUGGCUAGUGGAGGCAGGAAAUCAGACACCACUGAGAAGGUAUCGAACCAAAUUGUUCCUUUUGGCAGAGGCCAGAAGUCAGAACAAAUAGGAAAUCUGUCAAUGGCCCUGGCUUUUGAAAUUGGAAAUGGUGGAAAGCUAAGAGCAGAGUCUUCGGGCAAAAGUUCAAUUUUCAGUUUUCUGCAUAGCAUGGGUAGGAAACAGUUGGGUUACAGGAAGAUGGAAAGAAGAAACAGUAGUGUAAAUAGUCAUAAACCUUCAAGUAGCCAACUACCUACCCUCUCACAUCUCCAUAUUGAAGAAAUAUCAAGGGGUGUACAAAAGUUGAAUCAGAUCCUCAAAGCCUGCUCUAAUGGACUCAACUUUGACAGAUAUUCAAUAGAAAUUGGAAGGGAACUAUCAAAAGGAGCAAGGGAUUCAGAGGAAUCUCUAGGGAUGCUCGUAAAACUGCAGGAGGAUUCAGAGUACAUGAUAAGGCCACGGAGAAAAAGUCGGAUAACAUUGCUAGAGGAGGAUGAAGAUGAUGAUGAGAACACUGUCAAAAUAGUUGAUCAAAUGCAAUUGGGAAGACCAAGAUUUUCGAAUUAUAAUGACAUUCAAGAAGUUGCAAGGACUGAUCUCAGGCUGAGGCUGGCAGCUCUUACCUACUCUUCAGAUGUUAGUGACUCCAAGCAUAAGAAUGAUGUUCUAGCUUCCUCAAAUUCACAUUCUCACAAGCGAUUAGUUAGCUAUGUUCCAGACACCAAAUCUAACACUGCGUUCUCAGAACAAAGCCGCUCCAGUUCAGUGCACUUCAAACAAGGAAAGUCCAGAAUUUCAAACGUAAUCACGAAACUGAUGGGGCUUGAUGAACAUCCCAGAAACAUAGAUUCAAAGGUCACCAAAAAGGUGGCGGGAAAUCAAAAGGUAGUAGGAGUGGUUACAAAGACACCAGCAAAGGAUACCAAGAAGGCUGAACAAGGAACAAAAGAUUCUGCAGCGCUGGCUCAUCAUCUCCCACCAGUAAAAGAAAAGGCAACAACAGCCAGCAAGACUCCAUUGACUCAGGACAAAGUUACGGCACAAGCUGGAAAAACUUUGACAACUAGAAAUGGCAGCACAAGGGUUGCCGCUCAUGACAAAUUACCACCACAAAAGAACUUCAAAGACAACAAACCAGUGACGAGCUUGAGAAAAGCCUUGAUCGAGGAUGGGAUGCAGCACAUGAUACCACAUGUGCAAAAAACAUCAGAAUUUGCACUUACAUUGCAAGAGAAGCCAGAGUAUAGCGAAUGCAUACCUCAAAGGGAAAGCAGACAUGCUAACAAGCUUCUCCUAGGCAAUCAACAAAAGCUGCAAAGUAAUCAUGGAUUUCAAGAGGUGCAAAUGCUCCAAAAAUCAGAGCUUCGUGGCAAAAAGCAACAGUCAGAACUGAAGGAAGAACAAAGUACUGAACAGAUAUUGCGGAGGAAGAAACAAAAGGGAAAUGAACUAUUCUCCAAACCAAUGUCAGGUGCCACCAAUUUGCAAAAGAAGCAGCCACAAAUGAAACAAGCAGAAACUAGUAGGAAAGGCCCCAGCAAACAUAUUGAUCAUUACACUCAAGGAGUUAUUGAAUCUGAAUCUCUAAAAGAUCAAAACCUGUUUGCCGUGGAUGAGAAACCUGUUCAAGGGCAAACAACAAUGAAGGCAAGAACCAUAAAUGUGUAUAAACAUGGGAGUUCCAUUUCACAAGAUACGGAAAAGGCAAGGCAGGAGAAACUUGCUAUCUCAAGCGAAGCAGAUCAAAUGAAAACCAGCAGGUUUGAAGAAGUGGAACCACAGAUCAUUAGAUCCAAUAAAUCAGUAGCAAGCAAACAAAUAUCAAGUGUAGAAGCACAGAAAAAUUCUAUUUUGUGCAGUCCUCUAGAAGAUGGAUGCCAAAGCCUAAAUGAACUACAAGCUUUGGCUUGGAGAGAGAGUUGUCAAAAUAGAUCAGUGCCAUUGGUUACAAAAGAACAGCAAGAUCAAGAACCUGAUUUUGGCAAAGACGAAGAGCUCAAGUUUAAGAACAACAUAUCUGAACCACUACAUGGAACUCGUGAAGAGAGUAGAGAAAUGCCUUGCACCCCCCAGUCGCAGCAUCAAAGAACUUGUGAUUCAGAGAUGCCAGUGUUGGAAAUUGGCCAUCCAUGCUACUGUUAUGUUUUUGUUGAGUGCAUACGGCUUAAAGGCAAGGAGCCGUUGAAGCCUGUCAUCUUUGAAGGCUUGUCUUUGCUUCUGCUACUUGUUAAGAAAGAAGCUGCCAAACAUGGAGUCCAAGGAGGAGUGUUGGAAAUUGGCCAUCCAUGCUACUGUUAUGUUUUUGUUGAGUGCAUACGGCUUCCAGAACCACUGACAGAGAGUGAAAAUCACCCCGAGGAGAUACGUACGAAAAGUGUACAAUUUAUGAACACAGCAGAAGCACUUUUCAAACUCAACAUUCUUCAUACAAACAGUCACAACCAUCAGGACCAAGAGAGCAAGCUCGUUUUAGACUGUGGCUACGAAGUAAUGAAGAGUAAAGGAAUAAGGCAGGAGCUAAGUGUUCACCCAUUUCUAAAGGUAACUAUCAUUCCAAACAAGAAGAAAACUUUGGAUGAAUUGGUCAAGCAAAUGUGUGAAGACAUCGAUAAGUUGAAAUUAUACAGAAGGGGCCGAAGAGAAAAUUCCCCCUUCGAAGACUAUCUACCAAAAAUGCUUGAAGCCGAUGUGAACAACAAGGAACCUCAUCUGAAUUGUAUGUGGGACAUGGGUUGGAACAGCGUGAUGUUUGCAUUUCUCGAGAAAGAUUAUGUUGUAAGGGAUGCGGAGAAGUAUGUGCUUAAUGGACUUCUAGAUGAGAUGACCAGAGAUCUUUUCACAGGCGUAAGUGUGUCAGUUUAACUGUAAUAUUCUCUCAGAAAAUCCAAAUUAUUUAAGCAAAUUGAUUUAACAUUUCUGUUUGUAUCUUAUAAUGACUUACAUAUUUAAGAUUGUUAUGUACAAAAAUAUAG